AUGUUCGAAGAAUUAACCCCGACGGAAAAGGUAGCCCGACAUGGAGCUGUUAGUAAAUACUUGAUAUUGCUCGUAGCCUGGCUUGGUUCUGGACUAUUCGCAACUGUAUUAUGCAUAGGAGCCGUCUUUUACCAUCUUUGGCACAAGAUCACGGGAGAAGAGAAGUUCAAUGUUCCUGGAGAAGAAGAGUAUAAAGCCAACGGUUAUGUCCCACGGAAAGCAUUUGCUAAUUUGGAAAAUAUGAAGCCAUCCAAGGACUUGCGUUACUAUGCUCUUGAAUUGGGUUUGGACUUGGAAGAAUAUUCUAUUACUACAGAAGACGGGUACGUCCUUACAUUGCACCAUUUAAUUGACCCAAAAGAGACGGUUUUGUCCCGUCAGACUAAGAAGCCUAUAUUGCUUCAGCAUGGCUUGCUUUCUUGCUCUGGUGCCUAUUUGACUACGGGACGCAAUUCGUUGGCUUAUUAUUUACAGGAGGAAGGCUACGAUGUGUGGAUGGGUAAUAAUCGGUCGUGGUUCGAACCCAAGCAUACGUAUUUAGAAGGUAACUUACUACAUAAUGAGGAAUACUGGGAUUGGGAUAUUCGUGAAUUGGCUUACUACGAUUUGCCAGCUAUAAUUGAAAACGUCUUGUCGCAUAAACCUCACCACGAAAAGUUGGUUUUAGUAGGACAUCUGCAGGGCUGUUGCCAGUCGUUCUUGCUAUUAAAGAACGGCAAUUUGCUGGCAUUUCACGACAAAAUCGAGUACUUCUUCCCGUUGGCUCCUGCUGUUUUUCCAGGAGUGUCGUUCCACGAUCGGGGGUUUAUCCGGUUUAUACAUAACAGGGGUCCGUUAGCAUAUAAGUUGUGGUUUGGGUGUUGUUCGUUUAUGCGUACAUUGAGUCAAGUUCGUUUUUAUCUUGCGACUACUAGAUUCUACGGGUUUAUGACGUAUGUAAUGUUCAAAUUCUUGUUCGGGUGGACUGCAAAAAAAUGGGGCAAAAACAAGAAGGUAUGGCACUUUUGCUUUAUCUUCAACGUAACUUAUGUAUCAGCUAAAUUGAUGAACUGGUGGUUGAGUUUCUAUAUCGAAGAUGGAUUUUCGAACCAGGUCAGACCCAGAAAAGAUUACAAGACUGGAGCAAAUUACAAGUUUGUUGAAAACACCCAGGAAACAGAAAAGGAAAAGGCUUCCAAAACAUUUUUCCCCUUUAAGCAGUCGUGGUUUGACUAUUCUGAAACUACGGUGCCAAUGGUGAUAUUUGUGGGAGACGAAGACUACCUCGUAGAUGGAAAGAGGCUCGUAACCCACAUGAGACACUAUGAGCCCAAGUAUGAAGAGGGUCGUAAUUUGGAUAUUGUAGAAAUUGAAGGCUACAACCAUGUGGAUGUGGUUUGGGCGGAGGAUUUGAUCGGAAUCAUAGGAAUGGUUAUCACCAAGAAAUUGAAGUCAUUGGGUGAGAUAACGGAAACCAGUCCUGAUGCCGAAAAGACCGUACGCUCUGAAAGUAAUUAG